UUCCUGCCAGUCCUCCUGUCUGCUCUGAGACCAGCACAUCUCCUCCGCCAUGGAGAGCUAACCUCGCCAGAGCGCCUGAGGCUCCCACAGGACAGGCGGAGACACAGCUGCCCCCUCGGUCACUCCUGCCGCUCCCAGCAGGCAGCGAAGACUGGGGUCUUCAUGUGGCUGCUCUGACCCUCCCCUCUAGUAUGGAUGUGUGUGGCUGGAAGGAAAUGGAGGUUGCUCUGGUCAAUUUUGAUAACUCAGAGGAAAUCCAGGAAGAGCCAAGCUAUGCCACAGACUUCAACCCAACCAGCUCCAAAGGCCGGCCUGGGAGCAGCCCAUUUUCUAACUGGAAGGUUCUCAGUGAUGACACCAGCAGUGAGACUGCCUUCUCCAAACUUCCAGGAGACUAUGUGGACCCCCCAGGGCCUGAGCCAGUGGUCUUGAAUGAAGGAAACCAGAGGGUGAUCAUCAACAUUGCUGGACUAAGAUUUGAGACCCAGCUCCGAACCCUCAAUCAGUUCCCAGAAACUCUCCUGGGAGACCGGGAAAAAAGGAUGCAAUUCUUUGACUCUAUGAGAAAUGAGUAUUUCUUUGACAGGAACCGGCCCAGUUUUGAUGGAAUCCUGUACUAUUACCAAUCUGGUGGGAAAAUCCGGCGACCAGCCAAUGUCCCUAUUGAUGUCUUCGCGGAUGAGAUCUCCUUCUACGAACUGGGAAGUGAGGCCAUGGACCAGUUCCGGGAGGACGAAGGCUUCAUAAAAGACCCUGAGACGCUGCUUCCCACCAACGACUUCCACCGGCAGUUCUGGCUCCUCUUCGAGUACCCCGAGAGCUCCAGUGCGGCCCGCGGUGUGGCCGUGGUCUCCGUGUUGGUGGUGGUCAUCUCCAUCACCAUCUUCUGCCUUGAGACACUCCCAGAGUUCCGGGAAGACAGGGAGCUGAGGGUGGUCAGAGACCCCAGCCUCAACGCAAACAAGACAGCCUUCACCCAGACCAUGUUCACCGACCCUUUCUUCGUGGUGGAGUCCACCUGCAUCGUGUGGUUUACCUUUGAGCUGGUGCUCCGGUUCGUCGUCUGCCCCAGCAAGACUGACUUCUUCCGGAACAUCAUGAACAUCAUUGACAUCAUCUCCAUCAUCCCCUACUUUGCAACCCUCAUCACAGAGCUGGUCCAGGAGACAGAGCCAAGUGCCCAACAGAACAUGUCCCUGGCCAUCCUGAGGAUCAUCCGCCUGGUGAGGGUGUUCCGCAUCUUCAAGCUUUCCCGCCACUCCAAGGGGCUGCAGAUCCUGGGGCAGACACUGAAGGCUUCCAUGCAGGAGUUGGGGCUGCUCAUCUUCUUCCUCUUCAUCGGGGUCAUCCUCUUCUCCAGCGCCGUGUACUUUGCCGAGGUGGAUGAGCCAGAGUCCCAUUUCUCCAGCAUUCCUGAUGGGUUCUGGUGGGCAGUGGUCACUAUGACAACAGUAGGGUAUGGUGACAUGUGUCCAACCACCCCAGGGGGUAAGAUUGUGGGCACACUCUGUGCCAUUGCAGGCGUCCUCACCAUUGCUCUGCCUGUACCUGUCAUUGUCUCUAAUUUCAACUAUUUCUACCACCGGGAGACUGAAAAUGAAGAGAAGCAAAACAUCCCAGGAGAAAUUGAUAAAAUCCUCAAUAGUGUGGGCUCGAGAAUGGAUAGCAGUGACUCUCUUAAUAAGACCAAUGGCGGCUGCUCCACAGAGAAGUCCAAGAAGUGA